AUGGCCUCUGUGCCUCUUACGAGGGUCAGGUGUGCUCCUCUGGCCGUGCCGGAGCAUCCUUCGGCGAGGCGGAUGAAGGCGUCGCACAGCUUCUCGCUGCGCACCGCCGCGGCGCUGCCGUUGCCGUUGGCCGCGCUUCGGGGCCUGCGGUCCAUCCAGCGGCGAAGAACGCCAAGGUACAGCUUCCAGGAGUUUCAGGUCCCAGCUGGCUACAACUGGGAGAUUUGCACGCAACAGAACUAUGCGCGGCAGGAUUCCAAGUUGGCAGAUGGACCGUUGGCACCAGCUCGGAAGCUGGUAGAUGCCUCAUACCAUGGGAAUUACACCAUGGAGCGGCAGAGCUUUCAAGAUGCCUUGGUGCGCAGACUGGUGGAGAGUGGGAGCCAGCCCCGCAAGCAGCCCCUUCUGGUUUUCACUGCCGGUGCCAUGGGCGUGGGCAAAAGCUCAGUAAUCCGUUGGCUGGCGGAGCGGGAGAUGCUGUCACUCACAGACUUCGUGCACAUCAACCCCGACCUUCUCGCCACGGAACUGCCAGAGUACCCGGGUUAUGUGGAGAAGAAUCGCGCGAGCGCAGCUGUCAUGACGCGACUGGAGGCUGGCUUGUUGACAGAGCUCAGCCUCAUGUACUCCCUGCAGCAAAGGCGCAACAUUCUGGUGGACAGUUCCCUAAGGCAUGGCAGCUGGUAUUCCAGGGUUCUGCAGAAAAUCCGGCGCAAGCUUCCGGAUGUCCGGGUGGUUCUCAUGUACGUGCACGCGCGGGAGGAAACCGUUUAUGCGCGCGCCAUCCAGCGGGGUCAGCAAGGCCGCGCUGUGAGCCACGCGGAAGUUGCAGAUUCCCUGGAGAAGCUGCCGCGUGCCAUCCAGAAGCUGCUGCCGUAUGUGGACAUGUUCGUCCAGGUUGACAACGACGGUGACGACCCAGUGCUGACCUCGGUCUGCACCCAGCCGCGAGAUGAAGAUGGCGCUUACUGUGAAGUUACACAGGAUCCAGAGGAGCUCGGCUCCAUGGGCAACGUGGCCUGGAGCUCCGUAGCGGAGCUGCUGCGGGAUGCCUCCGCCGGCGAGAGUGACGUGCCCCUGCCGGAGCCCCCCCGGAUCCUGCCCGGGCCAAACUUCUCAGAGCCGCAGCCACUGUCCGUGCUUUUCGAGACCAUCAUCUUUGCCGCCACGAAGCACCAAAACCAAACCAGGAAAAAUCCAGAACGGACCCCGUACAUCAACCACCCCUUGGCUGUGGCGCGGACGUUGGCAGAGGUCGGCAUCCGUGACCUUGCUACUCUGCAAGCAGCACUGCUUCACGACACCCUGGAGGACACGGACACCAGCUGUGCUGAGCUGGACGCCAGCUUCGGGCCGGAGGUCCGGGAGCUGGUGGAGGCGCUCACGGACGACGACCGCUUGCGGCCCCUGGAGCAGAAGCUGCGGCAGCUGAAAGGCGCCAAGGCCUUGCCUUGGAAGGCGAAGCUGGUGCGGAUCUCUGACAAAAUGCACAACGUACAUGACCUUCUCCGCUCUGGGAUUCCAGGCUGGUCCAAAGAAAAGACGGAGCGGUACGUGGCCUGGGCCUGCGAGAUGGUGGACGCUUUGAGGGGCACCCACGCAGCGCUGGAGCAGCGUUUUCACAAGGAGGUGACUCUGCCACCGGGCUACCGUCUCGGAGACUGGGAGGAGUUCGCCACCCAGAAGACAGGGAACGAAGGCUGGCCUGUGGAGGACUCGAGCUCGGGCCCCGCCUUGCUGCGCGAGCAGCGUGCCGUGCUCUCGCUGCUGCGGGCCGCAGAGUUCGUGGCCUGGCGGAACCCCACGCAGCUCCUGGAUAGCGUGAAGUUCGCGCUUCUUCUUUCCAGGCACGACAUCAAGGAUCCAGAAACUCUCAAGGCCGGGCUGUUGCUGGGCACGGCGGAAGGCAAGGACCUCCACGUGGCGCAGGCCUUUGGCCCGGAGGUGGCGGCCAUGCUGGCGGCGCUGGAGGCCCCCUGGCCGCGCAUGGUGAAGGACCUCAAGGCAAAGCGCAUUUUGCUGGGCAAGCACUUGCAUGAGCUUCGGAAGCUGCAGCUGGGGACUAUCGAGACCGAUGAGGACCUGGUGGCGUUCCGGGAGCUGCUGAGCGCCACCAUGGCGCUGCGGGAGACCUUGCGGGGCUCCCACCCGCCCUUGGAGCAGGGCCUCGACGCGGUCUUCAACGGCCAAGUGAGGAUGGCCAGCGGCGAGCUGACACCGGUAUAUUUGCAGUCGGAGUGGCUUGGCGAGGUGACAUGCAAUGGCUGA